UUCUUCUUCCCGGGUUUUCAACUCUUCACAAAAACCAUCCCCGGUUUCCGGUCCGGACCAUCCAAUGAUCCGCCGAUCCAAAUCCAUCUUCAACUAGAUCUCAUCAAUUCACCUUCUACGGCUUUCCCACCAGUUCACCCGCCAUAAACCGCCGUCGUCUGGUUUCUUCGUUUACCGGUCUAAAAGUUAAAAGCUGAAAAUUGUUUCUCACGGAGCCUUUGCAGCUUAAAUUUAUUUUUUAAGUUAAACGAAUCUGGUAUUGGCUUUUUUUCUCGAUUUGAAAUGACACCGGGGACGAGGAUGCCGACGUGGAAAGAGAGAGAGAACAACAAGCGGAGAGAACGGCGGAGGAGAGCAAUUGCUGCGAAGAUCUUCGCCGGACUUCGGAUGUACGGUAACUAUAAGCUUCCCAAGCACUGCGAUAACAAUGAAGUUCUCAAAGCUCUUUGUAAUGAAGCCGGUUGGACUGUUGAACCCGAUGGCACUACUUAUCGUAAGGGUUGCAAGCCUUUGGAGCGCAUGGAUAUGGUAGGUGGCUCUGCAACAGCGAGCCCCAGUUCAUCUUAUCACCCGAGCCCUUGUGCUUCUUACAACCCAAGCCCCAUGUCAUCAUCCUUUCCAAGCCCAGCUUCGUCUUCGUAUGUGGUUAAUCCCAAUGGUGAUGGGAGUUCUCUUAUCCCAUGGCUCAAAAAUCUCUCAUCUGCAUCCUCAUCAGCGUCGUCUUCCAAGCUUCCUCAUAUCUAUAUUCCUGGUGGUUCUAUCAGUGCUCCUGUCACCCCUCCAUUAAGCUCACCAACAGCUCGAACCCCACGAACAAAAACUGUUUGGGAGGACCAGUCUGCUUGUCCAGGUUGGAGUGCACAACAACACUCCUUCCUGCCCUCUUCAACUCCACCUAGCCCUGGUCGUCAGAUCAUUCCUGACCCAGAGUGGUUUACUGGGGUCCGAAUUCCUCAUAGUGGGCCAACUUCUCCCACAUUCAGCCUUGUCUCCUCAAACCCCUUUGGCUUCAAGGAGGAAGUUCUAGCUGGUGGAGGAUCUCGAAUGUGGACUCCAGGGCAAAGCGGGACAUGCUCUCCUGCAAUAGCUGCAGGAUUGGAUCAUACAGCCGAUGUUCCCAUGUCUGAAGUCAUUUCAGACGAGUUCGCAUUUGGAAGCAAUGCAACAGGACUCGUUAAACCGUGGGAAGGAGAGAGGAUUCAUGAAGAAUGCGGAUCAGAUGAUCUAGAACUCACUCUCGGCAGUUCCAGAACUAGGUGAGUAUCGAAUAUAGAUAUGUUUGGAGUAUCAUAUAUUUAUAAGUGUCGGACAUAAAUAUUUUCGAAAAUCCAAAAAAUGGGGAUAAAUGGUACUGACUUGUAUGAUUGAUUGAUGUCUUUUUCUUUAGUUGCUUUUGCCAUAGGAUGAAAUGCCUCAAUGACCAGUCAAUUGUACAUUUGUACUGCUUCUCCCAAUGGACAGCUAACCUUUUGUGACAAAUAGGAAAUGUUGGACUCUUACCA